AUGAACGGGGAAAUACAACGAAUGCCGUCCUCGGCUCAAUUAAAGGAAAUAUUUGGCAAGUUCAACACGGAUGACUCGGACCGGCAAGAAGCAAUGGCGACAACCCGAUUCUUGUGCUCCAAGUUUAUGGGCGGAAUUUGGGCACGAGCACCCGCAAAGGCUUAUACGGUGAAGACCGUGACGGGCGGUAUGUCGAACCUGCUCUACUUCGUCGAACUGCAGCACCCCGACGAGAAGGGCGAUCAACAGGAUAUAAAAAUUCUGAUGCGGAUACAAUGCCAGGGCGGCCUUGACGAACAACUGACCGAGUCCGUCGUUUUCACGCUGCUAUCCGAGCGAGGACUUGGUCCACAGCUUCUAGGAAUCUUCCCCGGCGGCCGAUUUGAAACGUUUAUCGACUCCCGCGCCCUCACUUGCCAAGAAAUACCGAAACCAAAGUUCGCACGGUUACUUGCGCCGAUGGUUGCCCAUAUUCAUACGCUCGACGUGCCGAUAACGAAGGAGCCCCAGGCCCUCAGCCGAACCGAAGGCUGGCUGCACGAGCUCAAGUCGCUGAUCGACGACCGUAAAAUUGAGUUGACCACCAAGUUGGCGAAGGUCGACCGGAAUAGAGUUCCCGAUCACGUAACGGCCGACCAGCUCCUCGAAGAAGUGCAAUUCUACCAAAAGUUUUUGGACGUUGCCGGCAGCCCGAUCGUGUUCAGCCAUAACGACUUGCAGGAAGGGAAUUUCCUGCUCGUCAAUGGAUAUUCCGUAACCGAAGAGGGGUACAAAGAUAAGGAUGGGAAAACGGCAAACCCUAAGGAUGCAAUGGUGCUGAUCGACUACGAGUACGCGUCGUAUAAUUACAGGGGAUUCGAUCUGGGCAAUCAUCUCUGCGAAUACGCCUUCGAUUACUCAUCCGAACAGGCGCCCUACUACGCGAUACACUCUGAACGUUUCCAAGACGUCGAAGGGCGACGAGCAUUUGCCCAAUCGUACGUGGAUGAGAUUUACAGGUUGAAAGAAGCCUCAGACGAUACACAUUUCCCGAGUGACCUCGUGACAGGAAAUAGAGAAAAGGAUGUUGAAAAAGUAAUUGAGGAAUCGACCCUGUUCAUGACGCUCUCUCAUCUUUUUUGGUCGGCAUGGGCACUGGUGAAUGCAGAAAAUGCUAUUUGCCAAUUUGACUACGCUAGCUACGGCCGCGAUCGACUGGCCAUCUACUUCGACUCGAAGCACCUACUCGAAGAAUAUAUCGCCAAACAUUCA